AUGCCAAAGGUUACACAUAAUAGAAAGUUACAUGGCAGUGCACCAAAGUUUAAUAAGAAUGAGGGAUCAACCCAACGAAAUGAUGAUGUUGAAGAGGAUGUCUUUGAAAAGGCGAAUGUAACAUCAUUCGUAAAGGUGCCUCAUGUCGAUUUGGAUAUCAACCUAUUGAAGAACAACAUCAAAUCAUUGAACAACGUAGCACCACCAGCACCUCUGCCACUCCAACCCCAAGAGUUUGUCGACAGACGACCACAGCCACUCGCCAAGAAAGAGAAGCGCAAGCAAAAGAAGCAAGCAUUCCUAAAGAAGCUUGAACCAUUCGCAAAGAGACAACCUGGUCCAUUGUCAUCUGAGGAGAAGGAGCAACAACAGAGAAAACAACAGCUGCAACAACCACAACAAGCCUCAUCACUAUCGAUUAACUCUGAUGAGUUCAUGUCUGCUCUACAGGAACUGAUGGGUAGCGAUGAUGACGAUGACAAAGCCCAACGACCAGGCACAGGUACAUCAGCCACAAUGACAAACAGAAAGAAGAAGAAGAUAGCUGCAAGAGAGAUACAACAGUAUAAGAGUGUUAUAUCACAUCCACAGUUCCAGGCUGAUCCUUUCGCAACGUUAAAGGAACAUUUGACCAACUCUGUGGCGAUGCAGAAUCAGAAGUUGGAGGACCAGAAGAAGCUGGCAGCUCAACAGAGCAAGAUUAUGAAUAAGAAGCCAAUGGCAAAGAAGCCAUCAAAGCCUAAGCAGAAGAAGGAACAACCAGGAAACGUAUAUUACAGCAAACAACAGAAGAACAGCGGUGGACACAGCAGCAGCAUGGACAUGGGCUAA